ACAACCCUACAUGAGGGGUCCCAGAGUGCCAAGAAAAGUUGGCACUCGAAGAACGCUUUUGUACAAUUAUAUGCUCCUCUGGACAAACUGUCUUCUCCCAUGAACAGUUUCUGCUGUAGUUGCUGCUUUCAAUCCUUAAGCCUCUUCAUUUAGUUCCAAUCUUCAGGGGGCACCAUUGAAAUUCAUAACAUCUGUUGGUAACUUUAGCUAGCUAACACUUGGUCCUAUGGAUUAAAAUCUUAGGCGCUUUCAUUGUCAAAGUGAUUCUUUGCGAAGAACUAAAUGGGAAACGUUCGAGUCAUCGCGUUCUACAUCACAAUCUGCUGCAUAGCUUUUAUUAUAUCAAAGAUUGUUGUUUCAGUCCUACUUUAUCGGAGAUGGAAAAGAAAGAACAUGGUUUCUGCAGACGGACUCUCAGAUGGGAAGAUAGUCAUGUUUAGGUCUCCAUUCAUACAAUCUCUACCAGGUGAUGUAGUACUGAAGAAGACACUGAAAUUGAGCAGCAAAGACAUUGUCGGCUCAGGAGGUUUUGGAACAGUUUACAGAUUGAUGAUCAAUGACUCAACAACCUUUGCCGUCAAAAGAUUACACAGGGGAACUGCAGAGAUGGAGAGAGGUUUCGAGAGAGAGUUGGAGGCAAUGGGAGAUAUAAAGCACCGAAAUAUUGUUACUCUGCAUGGAUACUGCAUUGCCCCUCAACACAAUUUUCUCAUAUAUGAGUUCAUGCCUAAUGGAAGUUUGGAUACAUUUCUCUAUGCAAAUGAUGCAGGAAACUCAUUAAACAAGAAGCAUUUAGAUUGGCCAGCAAGAUACAAAAUAGCAGUAGGAGCUGCAAGAGGUAUAGCAUACCUUCAUCAUGACUGCAUUCCCCACAUAAUCCAUAGAGAUAUCAAGUCAAGCAACAUCUUGCUAGAUCAAAACAUGGAGGCUCGAGUGAGUGAUUUCGGACUUGCCACAUUGAUGCAACCUGAAAACUCUCAUGUUUCAACAUUAGUAGUAGGAACUUUUGGGUACUUAGCACCUGAAUACUUUGAUACAGGGAGGGCUACAGCAAAAGGUGAUGUUUACAGCUUCGGAGUUGUUUUACUAGAGCUUUUAACCGGAAAGAAACCCAUGGAUGAAGUAUUUCUAGAGGAAGGAACCAAACUUGUGACAUGGGUCAAAGCAGUUGUUCAGAACCAGAGGGAAGAGUAUGUGCUCGACCCUCGACUGGAAGAUUGCCCAACAGAUGAGAUUAACAUUGUAUUCAGUAUUGCACUAACAUGCCUCGAACCAGAACCCUCCAAGAGACCUACCAUGGCUGAGGUUGUCAAGAUGCUUGAGAAAAUUAAGUCAGAAAAAGCUGUCAGAAACAAUUAAUAUUUGCUUAAUGACCAUGCCUUCCAGAAGCAGAAGUCUAUAAAGCGAUUCCUAGCUAUGUGGAGCUUUUUUGUCUCUUCUUUUCUUUUUCUUUCCGUUGAGGAAAUUAGAAAAUGUUUCAUCAGAAUCAAAAGCUAGACAGGAAUUAAGCAAGCCUUGAAGAAACUCUGCCCAGUCAAAUGCCACUCACACAGACAAAGAAAGGCAUGUUUGCUCAGGAUAUUUAUCAAGCUGAUCAAUCAUCAAGCAAAAGGUAUUACAAGGACAAGAUGUGGCUUAAAGGAAUUGAGUAAGAACAACAUUACAGGAUCAAAUGGCAGAAAAGGAGAGCCAUCAAAGAACAAAACACAUGAAAAGAUUCAUGGAAUGCAGGUUGUACUUAUUUCUCAAGAAUGAAUUUUUCAAUUUACA